UUAUUCCGCUGUCGAACAGUGACUCUUCUUUCCUCACGAUUCUUUUCCUUCUUCACAUUAAUUAAGGAGGCUUACCAAACACGAUUUCCGCGCAAUAUUUUCUCUUUGAAUGAAUCAGAUCAACGACUCUGCAACAAUACCAACAUUUUCAUCCUUCAAUUCCAAUGGAGUCCGUUCUCAAUUUCAACUCAAUUUCUCCGUUUUGCGUACUUAACUAUCGCCUUUUUCCGACCACGUUCUCUUGCUCGGCCCGUCCACUUUCAGGAGAUCCAUCCGUUGCUAAAUCUCGCCGAUGUUUAUCUCAACAGAAACUUUCUCGAUCUCUUCCUCCGGCGUCUCUUCCUUCAACCUCCGCUAAUGCCGCUGCUUCUACUUCAAAUUCUCAGUCUCCAAGCGAUGGACAUUACUCAGUUGGUGACUUUAUGACUAGGAAAGAAGAUUUACAUGUAGUAAAAACUACAACUAAAGUUGGUGAAGCCCUUGAGAUGCUUGUGGAAAAAAGAGUUACUGGGCUUCCUGUAGUUGAUGAUGACUGGAAAUUGGUUGGCGUUGUUUCUGAUUAUGACCUACUGGCACUUGACUCUAUAUCAGGAGCUGGCCAAGCUGACACAAAUCUGUUUCCUGAUGUUGAUAGUACUUGGAAGACAUUCAAUGAGGUUCAAAAGCUACUGAGCAAAACUAAUGGAAAAGUUGUUGGUGAUGUCAUGACACCGAGUCCAUUGUCCGUCUGUGAAAACACCAACCUUGAAGAUGCUGCGAGGUUAUUGCUCCAAACGAAAUACCGUCGACUACCAGUUGUAGAUGUUGAUGGUAAACUGGUUGGGAUUAUCACAAGGGGCAAUGUUGUUAGAGCUGCUCUUCAAAUAAAACGCUCUACUGACAAUACCCACUGACACUUGGGUUCCAGUGCGAAUUGUUUGUUCAUGUCAAGCCAUGAUGCUGCUGUAUUAUAAUAUAUAUUUACUCUUCCAUUCUUUUGUCCUUGGCUUCCUACUGUACCAAGUGUGGCAUCAUUGGGAGAAGGGGAAGCAAGGGAUUAUAUUGCCCCAGUACCUGCUGGUAAGUAUAAACGUGAUGCUUGUGAGCUCGAAAUCCAAGAAAGAUGGUACAGAGUCUAAACUCUCUGUGUAGCAAACAUUUGAUAAAAGGUGGGUCCCCCAUAAGGAUGGUACCCAGGUGCCCGACACUACCAUUGGUUAGUUCUCAAACUUGUGAUAGUAUGAGAACCUAAACGAUAUUCUACGUAAUGCAAUAUAAUUUGUAAGGAAACUCAAGAGUUUGACCGCUCGAGACUCCAUUGCUGCGUUUAUUGUGCAAUGGCAAAAUUAGAUUUUAUGGUUUAAUUUGGUGUGAAGAUAUUUCUACUUGUUGUACACUUAAAUAUAAAUAUAUGUAACACGUAAGACUUCUC